AUGAAUCACUCCACUUUGUGUUUACAGCUUUUACGUUCUGGACACUUACUGCCUUUGGAAAGCUUGCACCACACACCAACCGUAAAGGGUCUCGGUGAUCCACAGUCCCGAAGUGAUUCUCCUGCAAUAUCCACGUCACCGCUCGUGUUGGGACCAAACACACGCCCCGGUGACUGGUUUUCCUCCGGCGCUGCUACAACCACCAUCAGUACGACCGCUGCUCCCGGGGCAGCCACACUGGAUACCAGCACAAUUGUAGCUCUUGCCACACCUUCUGCUCGAGAUCGCCAGGCUGGUCUUUCAGGAGGUAUUUGGCCUAGUUCUCCGUGCCUCAUUUUUGCAAGCCACCCAAGCCUGAGGUUUGGAUCUGUGGUCCAUCUCAUUCGAGCACUGGCUUACGGUGACCUACGGCCUGGAACACGUACCGCUCAAGCGGGUACCCCGGCUCCUCGACAUUCAAUCAUCCUAGUUGAAUCCGGAGACUACAUUUACAGUCCGACAACCCUCGGUCCUGCGCGCUGUCUCCAGCAUCUGCUCAGUCCCUACAUCCUGCGUUCAUCCGAUAAAUCCUCAGAUACCAUUUGUUCUACUUCUCAAUCUCCAACUGGUGUACCGACUUGCGACUUGAGCGAAACAGCAACAGUGUUUUGGUUGCCUAUGGAAGCUCGUCUCGGCCCAGAGGAAUUACCGCAUUUACUCUCUCGAUGCCGCUCGCCUCGUCUUACUUUGUGCCUGCCUACUGAGAUGGCACCCUAUCUAGUUGAAUCUUUGAGCUCCUGUAACUUCACGACGCAUUACAUUGCUGCUGGUCAAAAAUUACGCCUGCCGACCCUCGGUUCUCAAAUGCAACCGGUGCGUCUGUCAGCCCAAUUGGUGCGUCAUCUACGACCAGUCCACGUGACCGACCCACACUCCAAAUCUGUAAAGACCACAACCAAAGGUCAGUCUGACCCUAGAACCAAACCAGGAAUUCUUGCCAAAUCGGAUGUUUCCACAACAAUUUUGUCAAGUGAUCAUGAUCAAACGUUGCCAAGUGGCAGCAAACGCAUUUCAGCACCGUCAACCGACAGUACGGAGCCAGAUAUUAAGCGCUUCCAUAAAAUGGACACCAACGUCGUUCAGUCAAGCGUCGAAAACUCUUGUUUGGCCCUUGUUGAUGGUCUGUUGACAAGUCGAGAUGGGAAAUACUGGCUGAAUGACCCACGAGAACUAGAGUCUUCCGGUACAUCACGGUUUUCGUCAAAUCGAACUGUUCGACCCUCCACACCGCCAAUUCCAGCCGCGUUGGCUGGACGCCGCGGUGAAGAUGAGGUGAAAUCCUCGGGCCAGUCGAUCAAAUCGGAUAAUCGUGUUUUCGUCAGCCAUAUCCCGCGCAUCGAACCGUUUCGACUGAUCAAGGAGCUCACAGAACGGGGCGUGACAGGUGCUUAUUUGGCAGACAAGUCGAUGGUUUCGCAUAUUGCGCAACGCUUUCCCACACGGGACCACUGUGAAUCAGACGCCGCGAACGCACAGUCUGCGGAUUAUAUCCUUUUCCCAAACCCGAACACAGUUAUUCAACUCGCGGACCAUAGCAGUCACAUCCUGACUGCCGACGAAGGCACACGGGCAACCAUUCGGGAUAGCAUCCUUUCCUGUUUGUUACAGCUGGAAACUCGGAGCGCGAAUUCACUGACCGGAAUAUCCGUGAUUCAAGUCGGACCUCUGCCUCUCGAAUUCCCCUGUCUAGGCUUGGGCAACCUGGCAGUAUCCCAGCCUUCGUGCUUCCUUCAUGUGGCAUGGCAGCUAGGCACCGAAAGGGUGUUGCAGCUGAAUGAUUUCAAGCCCUUACUUUCUGUUUUGUUUCAAGUGCCAUCUAUGACUUCAUCUACGGAAACGAUUCCGAUGUACUCGAAACCAGCAAACCUUUCGUUCGAACAGCCUUUGGCUCAAAAGUCUAGCAGCAAGGCAGUGGUGUUCAGCUGGAAAUGCAAGUACAUUACUAUUUUUUACGGAACACGUCGCAAUACAUUUUCCAACCUGGAGGGCCAGGAGACUGUGUUCGUCAGACCUCUACCCAUGGACCAACCUGGUAUGAGAGACUGUGUGAGCAUCGUGCGAAAACUACCCAGUAUAGUUCAAUGGGUCACCGAGGUACACAAACCGCCGCACCACGGUAAGGUCCAGUUUCUUCGUGACGGUCGUGAAGCGUUGGCGCUUUCGUAG